CUGCGCAGAUUUAUUUAUUUAAACUGGAAAAAGUGUUACAGAUGUGUCAAAAUACAUUAAAUAACAUCAUACACGUAACAAACAAUGUACACUAGAGGGGGCUUAAUAUAAAUCUACAUAAAAUGAAAAGUUUACAAAUGUUCAAAGUUUCAACUGUUUUUUGUUUCAUAGAAAAUUGUAGUCAAUAUAAUGUUCGAUUUCUUUCUUGAAAGAAACAUUACAUUUGUGAAUAUGGAAUUUUGCAAUUUAAAGUAUACAUUUUUUUAUAUAAACCUGGCUGUGCUUGUCUCUACUGUCAAGUCAAGCUUUUUUUACAAUGCAGAUUGUGUCAAAGCAGCUUUACAGUGAUUACAGGAAAAUAAUUUUGGCUGCACAGCAGCUCUAAAAGAAAAUGGUUUCAAUGUCCAGCUUAAGUUCAGAAUUGAUUCAUUCCAUUGUAAAAAUCAUUAGUUAUUAAUUUAGUUCAUUUAUCUAUACAUAAGCUCUGGAGAAAACAAUGUCAUCGUCCAGCUCAGUUCUGUUCGCAUACGAUGGUGUCAGUGCAGGCAGAUCAAAAACGUUGAAUCAAGCGUUCCCGACUAAGCAAGCCAGAGGCUCUACUGCUGCUCCUGGAGGAUAGACCCGUCUAUGAUGUUAGGGCGCUCAGAGUCCAGAAUCUCCUUAAGUUUCAUCUCGGAUACCAAUAUGGCCUUGAAGAGAGAUCUUGAGUAGUUUGAGACAAUAUCCUGGAUCUGACACUUCCACGCCAACCAUCUUAGUCGUCCUAAACCACAUGGACGGGGCCAGCCAUGGCACCUGGUGGUGUUUAGACUAUUAGAAUUAAAAGUAAAAAAGUGAACUGAGAAGAAAAAGAAGAACAGAAAAAAGACCACAUCAUCGUCACACAGAUAAACGCAAAUAAAAUGUGUAAAUUUUCUUUGUAAAGCUUGUAUGUUUAGUGUGUAUGUUUUUUUUUCUGCUAACAUGAAUUUCACGGCCUGACUUCCCCUCGAGAUAGCUUUACUGUGGAAUAAAAAAUAAAUGAUAAAAUUAUCAUGCAAGAAAGAUUAAACUAAAUGCAUUUGACCAGCUCAGGUUAUGAGUCAAAGUGAAACCUGCAGUAGUUUAAUUCAGGUUAUUUUAGUGGCCGACUGACUCAAAUGAAUGUGUCUUCUGUAAACAUCUAGCUUCUGUUUACAGUUAAUUUAUGGGUAAAUAGGCAGAAUUUCUCUAUCUACACAAAGAUUGAAAGUAGACUGAACCAAACUAAUACUGCAACAUUUUAGAUGGAAAAAACAGCACGUUUAUGAGCAUGAGAGCUGUGUCAGGAGUGAGCUGAGCUGUUAAACUGAGCGCUAUCUCAUACACAAUUGUGUGCAUAUUCGCGGACGCGCACUGACAGGAAGAGUUUCUCUGACUCUAACCUCAAAUGACAGAUUUGAAAUGUCGAAAUCGGCUGCAGACUCAAACGGCUGAAGAAAAUGAUCCAAGCGUUUAUUUGGUUCUGCUUGUGUUUUUGUCAUCUGGUUGAUGUGUUUGUUGCUGAGACAAAUGUAGUGAAAUCAGUGGCAGCGACUGAGGGAGAUUCUGUCACGUUAAAAUCCGAUUUUAGGCCUGCUGACAUACAGGGAUAUGACAAGAUAGAAUGGAAGACUGGAGACAUUCAUCUUGCUAGAAUCAAGGAAGUAAACGGUAUCUUCUCAACAACAUAUUAUAAUAAUGACUGGAGAUUCAUAGACAGACUCCAGCUGGAUAAUCACACUGGAUCUCUCACCAUCACAAACAUCAUGCAUGAACACAGUGGAGUUUAUAAACAAAGCAUAAAUGUCAGAAAUAUGGAGCCAGUCAAGAUGUACAACGUCACUGUUUAUGCUCCUCUGCCUGUUCCUGUCAUCAUCAGUUUCUGUCCACCAAAUCCUUCAUCAGUUUGUUCAUUGUUGUGUUCAGCUGUGAAUGUGAGUCAUGUGACUCUCUCCUGGUACAAAGGAAACAGUUUAUUGUCCAGCAUCAGUGUGUCUGAUCUCAGCAUCAGUCUCUCUCUACCUCUGGAGGUGGAACAUCAGGAUAAAAACAUCUACAGCUGUAUGAUCAACAAUCCCAUCAGCAUCCACACCAAACAUUUCAACGUCACUCAGCUUUCCAGACUGAGUUCAGGUAUAUUUCUGACUCUGGUGUGA